UUAUGUAUGGAGGAGCAUGGAGACACUUUGGGAAAGUCGGGGCAUGCAGUCCGAGUUUUAGGUUGGAAGGAAACGCCACCGGGAAGCCGUGAGGUCAUUCUAUCUCCUUGGUCUGGGACGAACCUAAAGCGUCUGGAGGGGGGCAACGGGUCAAAUGUGAACAGCGCGUCGGAGUUGGGACCACAGAAACAUCUCCAAGCCAAAGACAACCAGCGAGGGAGAGAGACGCGCGUGAGGAAAGGGAGCGGAAGAGAAGGCUGUAAAUCUUUCCCACGUUUUGGCGCGUGCGCUCAGAUUGGAUACAUUGUAACAGAAACGGGACGUUUAACGGAGCUGAUUGUAAACACAGGCUCCUCUGUUAUUUGUUCCCGCUGGACAUGUUUCCGGUGGCGAAGAGCGACGUGUAAGGCUGAAGACUGGGCUGUUGUUCUCAGCCUGCUUCCACUUCUCUUUAUAUUUCUAUUUCUUAGCAUAAAAAUACUAAAAGUUUGCGUUUUUUUUUUCUUCUCUCGCUUGGUUGUGACAAAACGUAAAAUGCAAAUGCGGUAAGUGACUCCGGGCUUCCUCCUCUGCUCUUUGCUUCACUGGAUUAUCUGACACACCGCUGCAUCCAGCUGUUCGCUCUUUGUUUGCCAACUGGAUUUGUGCAAAUAAACUUUUUUUUCUCCAUUGUUUAUUUUUGAGAAUGAAGAGAAGAAAAUUCUCCUGAAUUUUUUAUUUUAUUUUUUUAAUUUCUCUUUUCAGCCUUCAUGUUUGGGGUCACUGACAUGCAGUGAUCCAGCCCAGUUUAUUGCUGCUGUUAACCUAAACUUGUGACAUCACAUCAUUAAAGAAGCACCGGUGGAUGAUUAAGGCUCCCCGGAGAAGGAAACCGACCACAGUCGCCUGCUCGCGCGCAGAAGAACGCAGCGCUCCGCCGGCUGUGAAGCAGUCUGAGGGCUCGGUCAGUGUGUCCCCGCAGCAGAGAUGGAGGAGUGGAGGCAAUGCGGCCGCUGGUUGAUAGACUGCAAGGUCCUGCCCCCGAACCACCGGGUCGUGUGGCCCACGGCGGUGGUGUUCGACUUGGCGCAAGCGCUGCGGGACGGGGUGCUCCUGUGCCAGAUGUUGCACAACCUCUCCCCCGGAUCCGUGGAUCUGAAGGAGAUCAAUUUCAGGCCUCAGAUGUCACAGUUCCUUUGUCUGAAGAACAUCCGGACGUUUCUAAAAGUGUGCCACGACAAGUUCGGUUUGAGGAACAGCGAACUCUUCGACCCGUUUGACCUUUUUGAUGUCCGAGACUUCGGAAAGGUAAUCUCUGCCCUGUCAAGGAUCUCCCAGCACAGCAUUUCACAAAUCAAAGGCAUCAGGCCUUUCCCGUCCGAGGACACAGCUCUGAAUGAGGAUGAUGUGUACCGGAGCCUGGAGGAGUUGGCAGAUGAACAUGACCUGGGUGAAGAUGACAUCUACGACUGUGUGCCAUGUGAGGACGACGGGGACGACAUCUACGAGGACAUCAUUAAGGUGGAAGUACGACAACCCAUGAUCAGAUACAUGCAGAAAAUGGGCAUGACAGAAGAUGACAAGAGGAAUUGCUGCUUAGUAGAGAUCCAGGAGACUGAAGCCAAGUACUAUAAGACACUAGAAGACAUUGAGAAGAAUUACAUGAUCCCUCUGAAGCUUGUCUUGAGUUCACAAGAAAUGGAGGCUAUUUUUGUCAACCUGGAGGAUAUAAUCCGAGUCCACUUUGCCCUUCUGAGAGCCAUUGACCUGAGCAUGGUCAGCGGAGGAAGUGGCCUUGGAAAGAUCUUCCUCGAAUUUAAGGAAAGGUUGCUGAUCUACGGUCAGUACUGCAGCCACAUGGAGAACGCCCAGAAGACACUGGAUGAUCUCAUAGCAACACGAGAGGAUGUCAAAAUAAAAGUGGAGGAAUGUACCAUGAAGGUGCAGGAGGGGAAGUUCAAGCUGCAGGAUCUCUUAGUGGUUCCCAUGCAGAGGGUGCUCAAGUAUCACCUACUUCUGAAGGAACUUUUGAGUCACUCGACUGACCGGCCAGAGAAGCAACAACUUAGAGAAGCUCUGGAAGCCAUGGAGGACCUGGCUAUGUAUAUCAAUGAAGUCAAGAGAGACAAUGAGACGUUGAAAAAAAUAAGUGAAUUCCAAAGUUCAAUAGAGAAUCUUCAGGUGAAACUGGAGGAGUACGGCAGGCCAAAGAUAGAUGGAGAGUUGAAAGUGAGCUCCAUCCUCAACAGAACUAAACAAGAUCGGUAUAUUUUCCUUUUUGACAAAGUGGUCAUUGUUUGCAAGAGGAAAGGCUACAGUUAUGAGCUAAAAGAGAUUAUUGAACUCCAGUCGUACAAAGUCUCAGACGACCCCACGAACAACAGAGACAUGAAAAAGUCAAGUGGAAAAAUGUGGUCUUAUGGUUUCUACCUGAUCCACCUGCAAGGGAAGCAGGGCUUCCAGUUCUUUUGUAAAACGGAAGACACAAAGAGGAAGUGGAUGGAGCAGUUUGACAUGGCCAUGUCCAACAUCAAGCCAGAGAGAGCUACAGCCAACCAGCACAACUUCCAAAUGCACACGUUUGACAAGAACACCAACUGCCGAGCCUGCAAGAAGCUCCUAAGGGGCACUUUCUAUCAGGGCUACUACUGCUCUCGCUGUGGAACAGGAGCUCACAAAGAGUGCCUGGAAGUGAUCACCAUCUGUAAAAUCAAUCCCCAUGACAUGGAGCCUGGGAUGUCCCCUGGUCCAAAGAUGGUGGCUGUGAGGAACUACCAUGGGACACCAACACCUCCAGGGAAGAUGCCUCUAUGUUUCCAAACAGGAGACUUCAUUGAGCUUCUGAAGGGCGAUCCUGACACGCCAUGGUGGGAGGGGAAGCUGAUGCAAGCACAAAAGAGUGGCUUCUUUCCCAGUUCGUGUGUAAAACCGUACUUAGACCCAAAGCCUUUCCAGUCAUUAUCCAGCCGGCAGUCAUCAAGAGAAGCAGACUACUAUGGAUAUCCUUGGUUUGCAGGUAACAUGGAGCGCCAGCAGGCAGACAACCUUUUAAAAUCCCACUGCAGCGGGACAUACCUGAUCAGGGAGAGGACGGCGGAGGCAGAGAGGUUCGCCAUCAGCAUCAAGUUCAACGAUGAAGUAAAACACAUCAAAGUUGUCGAAAAAGACAACUGGAUCCACAUCACUGAGGCAAAAAAGUUUGAGAGUCUUCUGGAGCUGGUGGAGUACUAUCAGUCGCAUUCACUGAAGGAAAGCUUCAAGCUGCUGGACACCACACUGAGGUAUCCCUACAAGUCGAGAGAACGCUCGCUAACUCGAGCUAGCACGCGCUCGCCAGCAGCAACCUGCGCCUCCUACAAUUUCUCCUUCCUUAGUCCACAAGGCCUGAAUUUCUCCUCCUCUCAGAGCUCUGCUCCCUUCUGGUCAGUGUUCACUCCUCGGGUGGUGAGCACAGCAGUGGCCAGGUAUAACUUUGCAGCACGAGACAUGAGGGAGCUGUCUUUGCGGGAAGGAGACAUAGUCAAAAUAUACAGCAAGAUUGGUGGAGACCAGGGCUGGUGGAAAGGAGAGGCUAACGGACGAAUCGGAUGGUUUCCUUCGACCUACGUGGAUGAAGAAGGAGUGCAGUAAGGCUCUGCACAUGCUGCCGAAGUUUCCGUUCAAAUCAGGAACUAAAUUCUUUCUGCUGUCCUCAGAGGAAAUGACUCCCUCUCUCCAGAAAAAAACUACUGUUUUUGUUGGGGAGGGAAAAAAAAUUGCAAGAAUUUUUACUGAACAUCUUAAUUUUUGUUCUUUUCAAGUACAAAUCAGCUUUUGUUUUGCCAGGCGUCCUGUUUGUUUUCUGUAUAGAGAAGGAAAAGCAGCUGUCCAGCUGUGUCCCCCGCUGUGCUCGACAGAGGACACAGCCGGGACUUAUUGUUGAUAGCUUUAUUUUGCAAAAAUGAAGAUGCUCCCCUUUGUUGCAGGUCUGUGCCAGGUGAAUUAAUUGUACAGUAUAGAUAAUUUAUUGAAUAGAGAUUAUUAUCAGUACUAAUGGUUCUUGUGGGGAAGGUUUGAGCAGAGAAUCGGAUCAGAUAUACUAAAAGAAGGAGAAAAAAAAUGAUGCAGUGUUUUUAUGUGCAGAAAUUUUUGCCUUAGUUGUCAUGGUGAUGCCUUGUGGGCUGACACCAGUGGAUGGAAUCGACUUUGUGGACUGGUUUUUACUUCUCCAUGUAUGCAUGUGCCCACAUACAGUUCACACACACGCGCAUACAAAUGUACAGUACGGUGCCUUCAGAAAACGGUCGCGCAUCAGUCAGCGAAGUGAAAAGCCUCUCCAGAUCGUCCACAAGCACAGGACUUUUCUGAAGGAGCUGCGGGGCACAGAUACAAUUUUAAACAUUACCAUCAAGACUGGAUGGACUCACAGGACCAGUCUGCCUGAGGUUUUUUUAGCCAAUCACAUACACAACUCACAUCUGUGGAGGUUUCACAGUCCUGUGGGAUGCAAAAGGGAAAGACGUUCAAACCCACAGCCACACUUUUCAAAAACUGUACUCAUCUUUCCUUCAUUGUUUCCUGCACAGAAUCACAAGUUAUCCAAUUCAAAAGGCAAAGCAGCCAAAUCCAGCCAUGUUUCAGUGUCUGCAGAGUCUCUGUCCUCGCUUUGAGUUUUCCACCUUGCCUUAAUUCUUUGCUUUUUUAGCAGUUUAUUACUGGAUGAUAUUUUCCUCCAUCAACCUCCCGUAAAUCAGUGUGUUAAUGUGGGCAAUUCAUUUUUGGUGCUGUUUUUUUUUCAUCUGAAAAAAAGCUGGGUGUCAAAUCCAUAAAGGGAAAGUUGAUGUGCUUCAUGUUUUAUUUUAGUCCCAGCUGAUUCUGGUGCAGAAAAGUCUUUAAUCUAAAGGUUUGGUACCCUAAUUGGUUCAUCGUUAAGGUUUCCACAAAUACCCAAUUAUUUGUUCAACCUCUACAGUGAAAGCCAUGAUUUUUGCUCCAAUUAUGCAAAUAAACAUCUAAACUUCUUUGAUUCCUAAGGACUGAAAUGUAAACAGGAAGCACACCAUCUCCAACCAGAUCACAGACUCCUGUGUUGCUUAAAAAAGCUAACAGGAGGGGGCGCUGUGUCAUCUGGAAAGAAAAUGGGAAGGGUCAUCGUAGAGGUGAUGGUCAGGGCUGUACUCGUUUUUUUACCAGGUGGACAAAAACCCAUUGCAUGUGACUAUUGAUAUGUCGACUCCUGUCAGUUCAUUCCAGACAAUUGAUUACCUGAUUGUGUAAAUUUUUUUGAAUGGUUGAGUAUUUCCAAAUGAGGUCUAUAAUAAAAUAAAUAUGUC